AUGCAACCAUUUGAAAUCAAGAGCAACUUUGAGAGGAUGGAGGCUACAAUAGCACAACUAUCAUCCCAGAUUUCAGGGGUAGUCUCCUCCCUCAUGGACAGACAAACACAAACUGGCAGAAGGAUAGAUGCUAAUCAAGAGGAAUACAGGUCAAAUCUGAAAAAUCAAGGUGCAGCAAUCCCAAAGUUGGAAGCACAAGUGGAAAUUUUGUCGAAGCAAAUUCCACUUUCCACACACAAAUUUCCCAGUAAUACCAUGGCUAACCCAAUAGGACAAUGCAAAGCCAUAACUCUGAGAAGUUGGAAGGUUGUAGAGGAAGAAGCCCCAAGCAAAGAUAAUCAUGAAGAGGUUGCACCAAAACAUGGAAACGAGGAUGAAGGAGAGACCCCAAUUUCACCUCCACCAAAACCAGUUUUGAAGCCUUAUGUGCCAAAGGCACCAUACCCACAAAGAUUGAGAAAAGAUGGGAAGGAUGGUCAGUUUUCUAAGUUCCUAGAGUUCUUCAAGAGGCUCCAAAUCAACAUAUCAUUUGCUGAAGCAUUAGAACAAAUGCCACUCUAUGCCAAGUUCUUGAAGGAGCUUAUAACCAAAAAGAGGAACUGGGAGGCAAAAGAAACCAUAGUAUUGAUUGAGGAGUGCAGCACCAUCAUACAGAAGAAGUUGCCUCAAAAACUGAAAGACACAGGGAGUUUUCAAAUCCCCUGCAUCAUAGGGGACAUCACUAUUGAGAAAGCUUUGAUGAAGAUUGAGGAAGCCAAGCCAACAAGAAUGACACUCCAUUUGGCUGAUAGAACAUUUAAGUUUCCACAUGGGGUGGUGGAAGACUUGCUAGUGAAAGUGGGAGAGUUCAUUUUCCCUGCUGAUUUUGUUGUGCUGGACAUGGAAGAAGAAGCCAACACAUCAAUUAUCCUAGGAAGACCAUUUCUAGCUACUGUUGGAGCCAUCAUUGAUGUGCAUAAAGGGGAAUUAGUCUUGAGAUUGCAUAAAGAGAAAAUGGUCUUCAACGUCUCCAAAGCAAUGAGUUACCCCAAGGAACCCAUAGGAGAAUGCAUGCUGGUAGACACCAUGGAACAGAUAGUUCAAGAAGUUAUGGAAGAAGACCAAUGCGAAGAAAAUAUUGAGCUGGAGCAAGCAUCAGAUGGAAAACUACCACAAGCAACCAUGAGGAACUCAAUCAUGCCAACUACCACAGACAACAAAGAUGCAGAGUCACCAAAACUAGAUCUGAAAGCCUUACCACCCAACUUGAAUUAUGCAUAUCUGGGUGCUAACAACACUUACCCAGUAAUAAUAAAUUCAAGUCCGAGUAAAGAACAAGAAGAGGAACUUAUCCAAGUGCUGAGACAACACAAGGAUGCCAUACGCUGGACACUUUCAUAUUUAAAGGGGAUCAGUCCUUAA